UAAUCAUUCCAGUCACUAUUCAAGUCAGGUGAGAGAGAGAGAGAGAGAAAGAGAGAGCCCUCACCCAGAUACCGAGAAUGCGAGAACAGCAACGCGUUUGUCAGAGCGGUGCGUCAUAGGGUGUAGAAGGUUCUUGAGAAUACGUAUAUAAAAAGGGACAGCUUUAUCGACUUGGCACCAAAGCGUGGAAGAAGGACGCGCCUGUGUGAUCCCGAGGAGAGCUAUAGCCAAUCCUUCUCCUCCUUCUUCUUCAGUCGUUCAUAGCUGCGUCUAGUGAAAGACUGAAGGACUUAUAAUACUGAAACUUCAGUGUUGUUUCAUUCACUGCGUCAUGAAGGCUCUAGUGUUGGUGUUCGCGUGUCUGUGCCUCUUUGCCAAGAGCUCUGAGGCUCUGUCUUGCUACUGCCCGGAAGAUGGCUCUGCUUGUCAGCAGAGGAAGCUGACGGAAGUGGAGUGCCCCUUCGGAAUCAUCCUGGACCACUGUGAAUGUUGCCGAGUCUGUGCAAAGGGACCUGGCGAGGAGUGCGGAGGCCCCUGGGACAUCUCCGGAAGGUGCGCCAAGGGAUUUAUGUGCGUUCCUAAACCAGGGGACGAGGAGAAGUACCACUUCAAGGGAAAAUGCCAGAAGACUGUUCCCACGCGCCCAGUGGGCGGGGCAGUUGACAGCGGGUUGGAUGCGGAGAUGCUAUAGAGAAAUGGAAACCAAGUAGAGUGUAUCCCUUAACUUAUGCCUUAUUGUAGAGUGACAAUUUUUAUACCGAAAUAAAGUUAUGCGUUGACAGUU